AUGGAGGUCGUCGCAGUUAGUCAGUCUGUGCCCAAGGAGUAUGAGCUUCGUGGUAUGAAGAUAUCCACCUCUAUCAUUCGUGAUCCUAUAACAUCGAGCAAUGGCUAUAUCGAGCUCAAUGAGUCUGGUGUCGUUGGCAAUAGGACGGCAGCCCAUGAUGGGCCGGUGUACGUAUUCUUCGCCGAGAAUUACGACUACUGGUGUUCAAACCUAGGUGUGGAGCGUUCUGCCUGGAAUUGGUGUCACUGGGGCGAGAACAUAACCCUCAAGUGCAAGGACGAGGUCCACCUUGAAGAUGAUAUACACCUAGGAGAUGUGUGGAGAAUAGGCGACUCAGUACAGCUCGAGGUGUGCGGCUCCCGCAUCCCUUGCGGAAAGCUGGCUUGGAGAUGUGGUCAAAGUGACCUGUGGCUUAAGCCGUUGGCAGACUCUGGUCGAGUUGGAGUCUACUUACGUGUGCUUCAGGGUGGCCGGAUACAUCCGGGGGAUCAAGCCUUCUUGCAGAGUCCUUCCAAUGAUGAUAUGGAUGUGGCUACAAUUACUCGUGUCGCUUACGAUACAUCCCUGACAACAAGAGACACACUUGAUAUUCUUGCAAAUCAUCAAUUGCUUCUCCGUAUGAACAGGUUCUUCAUUAUGUUGAAACUGUGGGCUAUUGAAGACUCAUUAAACAAGGGCAAGCAUGCUUGGAAAGGUUGGAGGGAUCUUGAAGUGACUCGAGUGGUCAAAGAAGGUGUUGGGCUAAAAUCAUUCUAUUUCAGACCCAGAGACGAACAAGCGCUGGCAAACUACCUGCCUGGUCAGUUUCUAUCAAUCCAACUACCAGGGAAUAAGACGCGCAACUGGACCAUCUCCGACUUUCCCUCUCGAGAUAGUCCGUCCAACUAUAGAGUCACCAUUAAAGACGCGGGGGACGCAUCUUCUUGGAUGCACGAGCAUUGUAUAGUAGGCACUAUAUUGCCCGUGAGGUCCCCAGCCGGUCGUUUCUUCUUAGACUGGGGGACGCAGGUCGCAUUUCGUCAGGUCUAUAUAUCUGCCGGCAUUGGUAUCACGCCUAUUCUCGCCAUGAUGAAAGCGCAUAGUAUUCAUCCCAAAUUUGCGAGAGCCCAAGCGCUUUGGAUUCAUGUAACGCAAAAUAGUGGCACUCUUCCCUUCCGAGAUGAGCUGGCUAAGCUCAAACUUCCACUUCAAAGACAUCUAUUUUUUACUCACCCCUUAGAGGCAGAUAUAGACGGCGAUGAUUAUGACUACGCCGGCCGACCAGAUCCCUCAUGGUUCGAAGAUAUACUCGGAGCUUCAUAUACCAUGAACCCCCUUGGAGCAUCUGAUAUGACAUUGCCAACUCAAAUGUCGUCGUUUCAUAUAUGCGGUCCCACUGCUUUCGAAACUUCGAUUAGGGAAUGCUUGGGAAAAGUAGGGGUGCCGUCGCGGGUAAUCAAAAGCGAAUCUUUUUUGCCGUCCGGGUCCAUCACUAGUGAUCUGAAUACGGCCCGGGUAAAAUUCGCCAAAUCCAACGUCUCGGCAAUCUGGAAUCAGAACAGCCCAAAGUCGUUGCUGGAACUGGCAGAGUCGUUAGGCCUUACACCCGAUUAUGGUUGUCGAGUUGGUGUGUGUGGCAGCUGUGCUGCCAAACUCAUGUGCGGCUCUGUAACGGGAGGUGUUCAGAUGGACGGGACCGUAUUGACUUGUUCAGCGAUGCCAGCCUCUGAGAGUGUGGAACUCGAGCUAUAA